CUACAACUUGGCGGACCAGGCCGAAUCGUCCAAAUUGAUGAAACACUUGUUUCCAGCAACAAACGUACGCGACAGGGGCGAACAGGGGCCUCCCAACAACGUUGGGUUUUCGGAGGGGUUGAUAACCUAACCAAAGAAGCCUUCCUCGUUGAAGUACCCCAACGAGACAUAGCCACACUGAUGCCGAUAAUUCAACAGCAUAUACUGCCUGGAACCUCAAUUUGGUCAGACAGAUGGUCAGCAUACAACAACCUGACUCAAUUAACCGGAUUGACUCAUGGCAUAGACUUUAUGGCCCCAACUGGUGUACAUUCCAAUGUAGUUGAAAACCUUUGGCGGUGUGCUAGAGAGGGACUUAAA